GGCGUCGCGGCGUCGAGGCCCUCUUCCCCUCCCUCUCCGGCGACGAGGCCCUCUUCCUCUCCCUCUCUGGCGACUCUCUCCCCGCACGAGCUCUUCCUCCUCGCGCCUCCUUCCUUCAACGGCCUCCCUCCUCCGGCGGCCUCGACGGCAAGCUACUGCAGUGGCCUGCCCCCCUCCCUCCCCUUUGCGGCGAGCAGGGGCUCUCCCGGCGGCAGCUCCUCCCGUUCCGAGGCCGAGCGCGAAGGCGGGGCAGUUGGGAGCCGCGGCGGGAGCAGUCUGACGUGGCCCAUAGCGCGCUUGCGCUACCUCCUCUGGAUUCCCCGUUCGGGGUGUGUUUAGAUCCCAAACUACUCCAAACUUUUCAAAUUUUCCAUCACAUCGAAAUCACAUCGAAACAUUAAAUAUAGCAAAUAACCCAUGCAUGGAGUACUAAAUAUAGGUAAAUAAAAAAACUAAUUGCAUAGUUUUGAUGUACGUUGCGAGACGAAUCUUUUGAGACUACAGUGUCCGAUGUGACUUUUUCUACCCAUUUUCCAGGAAUCUAAACACAGCCUCGGUCGCCCGAACGCUAUUGUUCCGUAGCUCUCAGCGUACCCCGCUGCGGGGAAAAAACGGUAAAGCGGCACUGCAGGUUGCGAUGGCGGAUGGGGUACCGUCCCCAAUGCAGAGAGCACUACACCAAGCAGCAGCACGGAGCAAAGGUUCCUGCCAUUCACCUAUUUAAGGACUCGUACUCUGCUGGGAGCUCUCCCAUCCCGCUCUUUCCGAUCCACUGCGCAGGUCGUCGUUGCCCUCCACGCCGUCAUGCCCCGGUGAGAGGCGAGCUUCCCCGGGCUUCUGGUAGCUUCGAGAAGUCUCAGCUGACCACGGCCAUUGUUUCUGUUUUCUUAUGCUCCCGCCUAGCUAGCAUCUCUGUCUCGAAAUUCAGUUGUCCUUUCGCCAAUCUUUCUGUGACGUCGUUGCGAUUUCCGUUUUGCGCGGGCUGAUAAACGGGAGCUCGCUGUCGCACCUGCGGCUCGCCGCUUCGCCGCUGCCCUUUUUGUUGCAAAAAAACCCAGAUAUCAACUAAAAUUUCUUUCGCUCGCCGUCGGUGGAGCUGCUGGUUCUGGAGACCUGGCUGGACUGAUAGGAGGAUCUAUUUGUGUUCUGUUGUUGUGCAAAGGGGUUUUCUAAAACUAUUUCGUGUCCUCUCUUGACUCUUCGUCUUCCUCCCCGCGGGCGGUAGGGGAAGAAAAGAAACCGCCUCUGCUCGUGCCAUCGUGGGCUGUUCCCCCGUUCGAAUCCCCACGAGGUUAGAGGCGGAGUUCCGGGAGAACCCCCGAUUGCCUGGUUCCUGCAUCCAUCGGCGGUUUCUUGCUGAUCGACGGUACCUCUAGGAUCUAGCCCUGACUUGUCUAUUCGAUUUCUUUCUAGUGCUUGUUGCCUUCCUCGCACUCCGAUUGACUUAGCGGCAUUCGCGCGUUUCCUCGAUCGGUAGUUGAUGCGAGCUUGUGACUUUUUUAGUAGUUGGUGAUUAGUAAACAGCGACACACGCUCGAGUCGCCCCCGCGCGGGCGACUGCGGCUCUCUCGCCGCCGCCCCUCACCGUAGCGCCCUCCCGCCACGCCGCCGCCCGAGCAGGCCGCCGGAAGCCCGUGCGGCCUGCGAGGAGGGCGGCGGCGGGGCUCUUCCCCUUCCUUCGGCGGAUCCAGGCGGGCGCGGCCGUCGGGGCCUUCGGAGGUGGCUCGCCGGCGGGAGCAGAGCUCCGCGGCGUUGGGGCCCGAGAAGCGACGGAUCCGGCAUGCUGCUCGCCAGAUCUGGUGAUUGUGCGCGUGCCCAUGGUGGCUGGGGGCAUCGCAGACCCAGCGACGAACGGCAGUGGCGCGCAGUAGCUUCUGGCGGUGCGCGCUCAAGUGCUCUGCCCGGAGGUCGGCGCUCGGCGGCGGCGCGCUGUGGCAGCAGGCUGCCACAAGAUGCCAGGGCUGUCGGUGGCGCAGGGACGGAGCCUGCGGAUCCGGGCUGGGUGGUGCUCGGCGCUCAGGGUCGUCUAUGGCGCUCCCUGCGGCGAGUGCGAGUGCGGUGGCUUGUGCAGGCGGUGCGCGGGGCACGUGGGUCCGACGCAUGCUUGCGCUCCUGUGGGGCGGCUAUGGCGUGCGCUUGCGGGCUCGCUCGGGCUGCGACGACGGCCGGCCGUAGGCGGCGUUUCAGUCGCGUUGCUGGCGGCUGGCUGCGGCUCGGCGGGCUUUGGGGCCGGCCGCGCGCGGAGGUGCGGCGACGGCUAUAGGGCGUGGCCCGGCACAGGGCACGCGGACUACAUCUGUGGAGAGGGAGCAGGCCGAGUCCAGGCCGGACCUGAGGCGGCGGAGGCAGCGUCGCGCUGGCAUGGUUGCGGCGACGGUGUUGGCCGGGCUCGGUGGAGGCCGCAUGCAGGCACCGAGAUGGAGGUGCGGGCUCCGCGGAGACUGCGCGCAGCCGUCGAGGAGGCGUACGUCUUGCACUGGGGUCGGCGUGGAGCUUCGUUCCGGCGCGGCGAGAUGGGAUGGCAGGCACGGCUGCGCCGCCGGCCGCGGGGGACUUCUUGCUUUGCCGAGUCGUGGACGUGCAGUUUGGACGGGAUUCUCCGGGCGAAAGCCUUGCCGGCUUUUGCUGGUGGUGAUGACAACGGAGCCUGAGGGCGUCGUUCUCCCUGUUGGGGGUGUCAUCUUGGAGCCCAUCUCUUCUGCGCGGGUUUCUCCUUGUGAAAACCCUGUCCACUUGUUGGACGAGCAACGGCGGCGCUUUUGGCGUCGCUACCUUGUUGAAGGCGUUGUUGGUGGAGAUACUUCUUGGCCAGGCGGCGGAAGGACUGCCAUUGGCGUGGCGGGGCGGCUCGGUGCAGGUGGCGAGCUGAAGGGGGUUGCCGAGCUCAUGCGGCGGCGACCAACGUCGUGCUGGCGACCGGGGGUUGCCUCAUGUUUGUCGGGUGGGCUGCUUGCAGCGGACUGCGGCGGCUGGCACUGCUUUGCAGUUGUCAGUGCGGCGUGGGACAGCGUCGGAGGGCGGCGCUUGCAGCAUCGACAAGGUGGGACGACUUGACUUGCAGCGGAUUGUGGUGGGUGGUCCAGCUACGCUGUGGCUACUCCGGUGCGGUCCAUCGUCGGAAGAUGGCGCAAGCGACAACCUGGCUUGUUGGCGUGGCGACGGAGGCUACUCGUGCGAGUGGGGCAACGAGAUGAUGUCGCUUGUUGGGCGCGGCUCAGCUGUUUGAUGAAGAUCUUGGAAACAGGGCAACACGAUGCAUCAUCCUAAUGGCGAUUUUAUAUACGAAUUCGAGACACGGAGUACUGAGGCGGAAGCGGCGAGGCCCCCGCGUGCGGUGUCUUCGACGUGGCGACGAGAGCGAGGAGGAGUCCAACGGCGGGUGUGGCGAGGCCCCCGCACGUUGUGUUUUCGUGGUGGCGACCGCGAGGCAGCUGGCGUAAGGUCUGGAUUCGGCGGUUCUACUCUAUCGGAUGGUGUGGCGUUGCAGCGGUGCUACAGCGACAGGUCCCGCAUGGCGGUGGCUGCUCGAGGCUGGGACCUUCAAAGAGCAAUAGGACUCAUGGAGGCUGGAGACGCAGGAAACGGUUCUGCAGCAGUGGCACAGAUAAAGGGAAGUGGGGAUGAUGCCUCCUGCAAACCGCUGCCUCCUUGCUGCGUCAAGGCCAAGGCAGGCGUGCCUGAAUCUGAGGCCAAGUGCCAUGAUACCGUGGUUUCUGGCUGGUUCACCGAACCCCGGUCACGCUUUGGUAAAACAAGCAAAGUGCAGUACUACAACAACCCUAUGUGGCCUGGAGAGGCUCAUUCACUGAAAGUGGAGAAGAUUUUGUACCAAGGGAAAUCGCCUUACCAAGAGAUUUUAGUUUUCGAGUCUUCAACCUAUGGAAACGUUCUUGUGCUUGAUGGUAUAGUUCAGUUGACUGACAAGGAUGAAUGCGCAUACCAGGAAAUGGUUACUCACCUUCCACUGUGCUCAAUUCCAUCACCGAAAAAUGUUUUGGUUGUUGGAGGUGGUGAUGGUGGUGUACUGCGGGAAAUAGCCAGACAUGAUUCAGUGGAGACUAUUGAUAUAUGUGAGAUUGAUCAGCUUGUUAUUGAUGUUUGCAAAGAAUUCUUUCCAAACUUAUCCAUGGGGUUUAAAGAUCCCCGUGUCCGACUUCAUGUCGGUGAUGCUGUUGAUUUCUUGAGGGAUUCUCCUGAAGGGAAAUAUGAUGCUAUUAUUGUUGAUUCAUCAGAUCCAAUUGGGCCAGCUCAGGCACUUGUGGAGAAACCAUUUAUUCAGACAAUUGCUAGAGCUUUAAAGCCUGGUGGUGUUCUUUGUAAUCUUGCUGAGAGCAUGUGGCUGCACACACAUCUAAUCCAGGAUAUGCUCUCUAUAUGUUGUCAGACAUUCAAGGGUGGUGUGCACUAUGCCUGGACAAGCGUUCCAACAUACCCCAGUGGUGUCAUUGGAUUUUUGCUAUGUGCUAAAGAAGGUCGACCAGUGAACUUCUUAGCUCCUGUGAACCCAAUUGAGAAAAUACAAGGAGCUACAAAAGCUGGAAAGGAGCUCAGAUUUUACAAUUCAGAGAUUCAUAGGGCUGCUUUUGUUCUGCCAACAUUUGUAAGAAGAGAACUGGAAUCAUAUACUGCUACUAAGACUUCUACUGAAAAGGAGAAACCAAAAGAAUCAGUUUCAAAAUCGCAGAAGAUAAAGAUUUUGCCGAACAAUGCCAUUCUUACAGCUUCCUAGGCUUGAAUCAUACUCGAUCUACCUCUGAGUUCUGAUGUAUCCAAGCCGGAGUCGUGUAUAGUUGUAUUCUUACAGAGAAAAACCAGUUGCUGAGAUGUUAGUGACGUGGCGCCAGGAGCAUAAGUAUAUACUGGGUUUGUGAGUGAUGACUGAUUGAAUAAUGGGGGAAUUGAAUUGCUGUGAUGCCUACUGGAAUAAUGUGUUCCCCUCUGUUUCUGUUGUUUGGUGUGCAUAAUUUCCCAACUUGGAACUUGUAAGACCUGUUGAUGUAAUAUAGUCCUUGUUUGCAUCUGUCCUGAUA